AUGGCCGAUAUGGAACGUACUAUCCUCGACUUUUACCAGAUUCCGACCUUGUAUCCUACAGAAUGGCCUGCCGAGAAAGAUUUGGAGGACCGCGACGAAGAUGGCGAGGACGAGAAGGGCGCUGCCCUGAAGAGAAGACAGUCUCGAUACCAGGCGCUUGAGAGAGCUGUGAGCCAACGGAAGAGCAAUAUCCCUAGAGAGGACGACCAAGGAGGCGUUGGAAAUAUCGUGCAAAAGGAUGAACCGGAUCCUCUUGGGACGACUGAUAGUGUCGUCAGAACGCUCAAGCAUCUUGGUUUACCCCUCCAAGAUGAUCACCGACUACGUAACCGGUUCCUGCUCUCCUCAACAACUUUCUCGCCUGCGCUCUUUCUUUCUCAGAUGCAUGCCACUGCCGAUACUCGAAGCCUGCUUACAGGUCUUGAUGUUCUCUCACAGUCCAUUGAUCAAAAGUCAGCAUCCCUCAAGGUCCUGGUCGAGACCAACUUUGAAAGAUUCGUGAAAGCCAAGGCAACUAUAGAUAACGUCUAUAAGGAGAUGAAAUAUCGUGGGGUUGAGCCACCUGACCCGAACAACCCAGGUGCUUCCAAUGCAGCCCAACGCCGCAGCUAUCGGAACAGUAUGGUAGGCGCUGGGCUUGGGAUCAACAACACCCUGACGUCCACAAGCACUGAUACGCGAAAGAAGAAUGCCUUGAUAAAGGAAAGCGAGUAUGGUGUUCUGGGUAUCAAGGGUCCGCUGCUUGAGGUCUCAGCAAAAGCUGAGGACGUCUGGGGCCCCGCUUUGGGUGGAAGAGAGAAGGAAGAGAAUUUGAAAACAGUUUCAAACCAUCUGACUCGGUUCAAAGAUUAUGUGGAGCUGAGCACGUCAAUAGCAGACAGUAUCAAGCGGAAGGACUAUGAGUCGCUGGUCGAUGAGUUCACAAGGGCCAGAAAAAUUGCGGACGAAAGUCGACAACUGGCGGAGGAACUCGGACAAGAGACACCCACAGAGCCACAACUCUACCAGCUGUUGAUAGCAGGAAGAAUGUGGCAUGACGUGGAUCAGCAGAUUCGCCUUUUCAAACGCGACGUAUGGAAACGGCUUGUCACACUUUACACAGCAUCAAGGACAGAUGGUGCAGGCGCAACUGGUCGCAUACAAGACCAGCAUAUGGAACUCAUCGGAUUACUGUUGGAACUGGGCGCUGACGACAAUCCGAUCUGGGUUUGGCUUUUGAGUAGAUAUGAUCACCUCAAAGGCAAGAUCCAGUCGACAGCAGACCGUUCGAAGGUUGAGAUUGAGGUGCUUCGUCGCAGGCUGGCCAGCAAUGAUAAACCCCACCCCAACACGAUUGCUGCGCAUCUUCGCUCUUUAGGCCGACCAGUGAUCGAAGACAAACCUCUGACGUUUGACUCACCUGAUGUGAUAGAACUGUGGGAAAAGAUGCUGUCGUUCCUUACGAGUCUACUAUCGAGUGAAGGAAUCUUGGGCGAGGUCAUAGAGUUCUGGCAAACAGUGCAAGGAUUCAUCAAUGGUUCUGCCCAAGCCGCUCUUCCUGUAGGAUACCGUGGUGAGUCUCGGCAUCACCACGAGCUAUCACAGGAUAGUAUCAACGAAUUGAGAAAGGGGGCUGUGGAGCUGGUAGACUUGCUUCGAGAACAUGCUUAUUCUUUCUUUGUGGAUAUGCCUCCUGAAGAUGUCUCGUUGCUCUUUUCACCACUUCCUAAGACGCCGGUUCCAGGGACACCCGGCUCUGACUCUUUGGCAUCUCCACGAGAUCCUCGUUUCAACUUUGACCCAAACAACAUGCCCCCUCCGUCACCCAAAAGGGGCGAGGUUUGGGAAAAGCUGGCUUUCUGGCCUCCAUGGUCAAAUUCUAUCAGUGGUGUACAUUACUUAUCUAAAAUGCUGACUCUGGUAGGCGCUGGGGCAGGCGACUUGGCGUGUAUUGAGCCAAUCGAGUCAGGGGAAGGUCAGGUACUCGAUCGCCUGAGAAGUCUUGUUGGAGGUUCUCGAGAGCGCUGUGUGACAGCAUUGUGUGCCGCCUGGAAUCGAGAUGCUGAGAACAUUAAGCAUGUCGAGGAUUGGCAACGUUCCGUUGAGAUGGGUGAUGUGACACGCAUGCCAGCCAGCUUCGCUGCUUUCGAAGGAGCAGUCUUGUUGGGCAUGCAGAAGAUUCUCUAUAUCCCCGAUGCUAUGUCUAGGUCCGGUUCGGGAGAUAUUGUCUUGCCCCCACCGACCAAACUUCUUCAGAUGGUUCGCAGCCAAUAUGUGACCACGCUGUACAAGGCCUUGAGCGGCAUGGUCGAGAAUGCUGAGAGAUCGUUGAAGAAGACCGAAGACGACUGGUCGAUUGAUAGUGAAAGAUCUCUUGCGUCGGCCGCAGCACCGACUAUGGCGGGCAAAGGAGCUUUAGACUCAGGAGACAGGAAUAUCCGUAUGCUCAUGACGCUGAGCAACCUUUCAUCGCUUCGGUCACAAGUGGUGCCGAGUCUCAACCUGCAGUUUGAAAACGCAUUCUCUGUCAAGUUAACUGAUGAGUCCAAGAAAAUUCGCGAAGUCCUUGGGCAAAUCCACGAACGGCUCUUUCAAUCUUACACCAAACAGUCGAUUGAGAGACUGCGCGAUGUCAUUCAAUCUGGCAUAUCAGCACCUGAUUGGGCUCCUGGUCAAGGGCAACGCACGCAAGUCGCCAAGCCAUACGUCUAUGAGGCUCUCCUCACCCUUGUUCUUGUCCACUCACAAGUAUCUACUACUGCCCCGGCUCUUACAGUCGAAGUCCUAUCUUUCCUUCUUGAGCAGACGUCUAUCCAACUCUUGGAAGCAUUCCGACGCCGCCCACGAUACACUCUGGAAGCCCUUAUGCAAGCGACCCUCGAUGUCGAAUUUGUUGCUCAAACACUCAGCCACUACACUUCGGAACGGGCUUCGGAACUACAGAGUCAGAUCUACCAGGAACUUGAUGCGCGUACAGACAACGAUGCUCGCGCACGUCUGCAGGGCGAGUUAACCGAGAUGCGCACUGUUCUCAAACGUCUAAGAGAGGCAAGUAAGAACGAAUUUGCUUGCUUCAAGAAGCCAAAACGACCUGGUCACGGUCCUAGCAGGAACAACAGUGGUGUAUCGGGCAUUUCAGCCUAG